GAAAGCUAUGAAACACCCAAGCAAUAAUCGUCAUCGACGAUUCUAAAUAAUCCUCUAAAUAUGAUGAUGUUUUAUGAAAGAUUGCUUAUCUAUUUCUCGUUCUUAGUCCUUUUAACACUUAUCCCGUCAAGUCGUGGUUGCACAUGUGACGUUAGUGGUCGAAAAACACCUGAAUUCUUAUGUGAUUUCGAUUAUGUGUUGCAUGGAGAGGUUAUAAAGGAGACAAUCAUAGGGAGUAAUGCCAGUGUAGAGAAUCAUAAGAGGGUCUACACUGUUCAAGUCAAGGAGAUAUUCAAAGGUUCGGAGAGAAUCAAGAACAUAUCAAAGGAUCAAAAUACUUCAUAUGUGGAUCUGUACACAAGUUAUUAUGGCCCUGCUUGUGGGAUUACCUUGAUCCUGCGAAAGAAAUAUGUCAUUGCAGGAGCAAUUUCCCAAAACAACUUGACCGCUCAUUCAUGUGGCUGGAACAGAGAAUGGGGGAGUAUUGAAAGCUCAUUUAAAGAAUACUUUCCAAAGCUGAAGGAUUGUAGUGACUCAAAUCAGAUUUAUGCUGUAAGAGUCAUAUUCCUACUGCCUCUAUUACUCACAUUUUUGUUUAUUCAUUAAAUGGUUGGCUGCAUGUUGUUGUAAGCAAUAUAAAACAAGUCAUAACACGCCAAAAUGAAAAUACAGCCAAUCAGAAUGCUGCAGGAAAGCUGUAUUCCAGCGUUCCUUCCCACAAGGCAUUGUGGCUUAGGCUUUUCAAUGCUGAAAAAAUAGAAUAGUUAUAUGAUGCUUAAUUUCUCAUCAUUUGAUUACCAUUGGAAAUCUAAUCAUGGAAUACCAUUUUUGUCAAUUAUAUUUUUUUCCCCGCUUUUCUUAAAUUCCUUACGCUGUGAUAAACCUAUUUUUGGCUAAAGGCUCGCAUUUUUUAGAAAAUACAAAUAAUGGGCAUGAGAUAUUCUGGCAUAUGCCAAUUAAAUCUCCUUGUUAUAGCUAGUAGUAUAUAUUUCAAAAAGCAUUGUCAGUGGGAGAUUCAAAAUCCAACACAAAAAUAAAUUGUGGGUUUUAAGCUGUGAAUUUUUUAGUGGUUUUAAUAUUAGUAGUUCACAACAGGCUAAUAUCUUAAAUAUGCCAACUUUGAGCAAUGACCUCAGUGCACUGGUGAAUUGUCUGGCUAAGUGUAUUUUUAAUUUUUAAUGAGAAAACACUCAGUCCCCCAGAGUUA